AUGGCUGAGCCGAGCAUGUACUGGAAGGUGAAGCGGACCAUCAAGAUUCUGGCGAACACGCCAAUGAUCCCGCCCGAGCAGCCCAAGAUUGUCGAGCUCCGCUCCGCACCCAUGGACGGCCGCAUGUCCUUCGAGUCGCAACAGACGCUCUACGACGAGUCCCUCGUGACCAAGUCGGAGCUCUACCCGCGCGAGGUCAACAAGGUCCUCGAGGAGCUGCGCGACGCCACGAUACAUUCCGGCACACAUCUCGCACUCGCCCAACCUCUCAUGUCCUUCCUCGUCCGUCGUGCCCGUCUUCCCCCAUCAACAUUCACCCUUCACACAGCUAUCCCAUCCCUCAUUCGACCUCUCUCUUCUACCGCUGUCAGCCGCAAGAUGCCCGAGCCUCAGAUCGUCCGCACUGAAGAGUGCCCGAGUGACGCGAAGUGGCUGAAGCUGGAGAAGAUCCACUGGAAGGACCAGGGAGGGAAGGAGCGUAUCCGGGAAGCGGCGAACCGCAAGACGAGAACGGAGGCGGGUGUUGACAGUUGUCACAUUCUCGCCCUGGUCGCAGACAAGAAGAACAAAGAGAAGAAAGUGGUUCUGCUGAAGCAAUACCGUCCCCCGGCUGCUGGUGUUGUCGUCGAAUUCCCCGCCGGUCUCAUCGACAAGGGAGAGACGCCCGAGCAGGCUGCGCUGCGCGAGCUCUACGAGGAGACGGGGUACAAGGAGGGCGUGAGCGUGCGCCGCUCUAGUCCUGUGCUCGUCAAGGAUCCUGGCAUGACUGGAGCCAACAUGGUGCUCGUUACCGUUGAUGUUAGCGUUGAGGACGCCUCUGUAAUCCCUGACGCCCAUCCUGACGAGGGAGAGUACAUCGAAAAGGAACUCGUGCCGCUGAACAAGCUCGGAGAGACGCUGCAGAAGAGGGCCAAUGCAAAGGACGCUACUGCCGCCGACAGCCGUGAACUUGGGUGGGCAAAGCUGGUUCCUGCUUGUGCUAGUGGGUGGGGGCUCAGGAUCUGCAUCGCGGCAGACCGGCCCAGAACAGCUUGGGCUGCCCUUGAGGCUUGGGAGAUCGGGCCGAUGCCGCCGGCAUGUACGCGGUAUGUCGGUGUCCUGAACCCGGGGACCGCAUGUCACCGACGUGCUGCCUAUGCCCAGACUGAAUAUUUUACCCACUGUAGCAGUGUCGACACACAGCCUAACUCCGAGCUCCCGUCACCCACACUGGCCCGUACCCAGUCCCAUAAAGUCCCCCUCGCCGCUCAGAACAGCGCGCUCUUCCCUCUCUUUGACUGUUGA